AUGUUUCUUACAAGAUCCGAAUACGACAGAGGCGUGUCGACGUUUUCCCCAGAGGGUCGUCUUUUCCAGGUGGAAUACUCCCUCGAGGCAAUCAAGCUAGGGUCUACUGCUAUCGGAGUGCUGACGUCUGAAGGUGUUAUUUUGGGAGUGGAGAAGCGUGUGACGUCGCCACUCUUGGAGAGUUCGUCCAUUGAGAAGAUUGUGGAGAUUGAUUCCCAUAUUGGCUGUGCCAUGUCUGGAUUGACUGCUGACGCUAGGUCUAUGAUUGACCAUGCUCGAGUGGCCUCGUUGAGCCAUAACUUGUAUUACGACGAGGAGAUGCAGGUGGAGAGCUUGACCCAGUCUGUGUGUGACUUGGCUUUGCGUUUUGGUGAAGGUGCUCUGGGCGAGAAGCGUUUGAUGUCGAGACCUUUUGGUGUGGCCCUUUUGAUUGCAGGCAUUGACGAGAAUGGGCCUCAGUUGUACCAUGCUGAGCCUUCUGGAACGUUUUACAGAUACGACGCCAAGGCUAUUGGCUCGGGCUCCGAAGGUGCACAGACAGAGUUGCAGAAUGAGUACCACAAGUCGUUGACUUUGAAGGAAGCUGAGCUUUUGACGCUUAAGAUCUUGAAACAGGUGAUGGAGGAGAAGUUGGACUGCAAGAACGCCCAGUUGGCCUCUGUGACCAAGGAAGGUGGCUUCCAGGUCUACGACGACGAAAAUACCGACGAGCUUAUCAAGGAGUUGAACGAAACCGUCACUGACGACACACAGAUCUAA